AUGUCGAACCAGUCGUUGGUGACGAACGAUGCUGCGGAUGUGUUGGAUACAAUUCUUGGCAAGCUGCCGGUGGUACCCAGCGGGGAGUUCGGCGGGGAACCGACGGUCGGUGGUCCGCAGGUGGCGAGUGGUGCUGCCACUUCCGACGGUGUCAAACCAGAUUCGUUAAGGCGAUUGGCAAAACUGCGCCACAAGCUGGCACGGCAGAGCAACAUAAUGGGGGAGCUGAAACGGAAGAUACGGGAGAAAGAAUCCAUGAAGCCGAAGGCGGACUGUGACCGGGAGGAGUUGUCGUUCCUUCGCAACCGUUUGCAGAAGGAGGCGGAGUUGCAGCGCAAGCUGCUAGAGGAAGUGAUCGCGGAGCAGCAACGCCAAGGCAUUGAUGGGGCCGAGUGGCAAUCGAUCCGUCUGUGCCCGGAUAAGGUCGACGAGUUCAGUGCCAACCCGUGGACGAUGGGGAGUGUGUCGAUGGACGAGGGUAUGCGAUCUUCUUGCGACUCCAAUCUUUCGACUCGAUCCAGUAGCUCCGGCGAACGGAUCUGCGAAGCGAAACUAACCGAACGGUUCGAGAAGGAGCUACUCAAUCGGGAUCGCGUCAUAGAGAUUUUGCAGGCGAGGCUCGAGAGACUGUCGGUGGAUGUACGCAAGGUGCGGCAGGGGAACGAAGUUCGCGGGACGAAACGCGAUCCGAAACCGGUAGCGUCAGUGCCGCAUUUUUGUGAGUCCGACAUGCUGCACAGGCUGGAGUUCUAUCGCGAGAAUACAGACAGGUUGGGAAAGAACUUGGAACAGAUGGAGCAGGCUCUACAGUGCAUCCAGAAAGAGUUGGGCCCGCUAGGGGACGAACCAAAGGUGUCUUCUAAACUACGCCAUUCGGAGACAACCGAGGUUCCGAACAAUACUCGUUCGUCGAGCUGUGUGUAUGACGACCCUCCAGUAUCGGGGCGGGUUGUCCAAAGUCCGAAGGAUAUGGAGUCCCAGAAGCAGUACAGCUUGUUGCUGCACGAGUACACCAAAAAGACAACGGAGUGUCGGCAACUGUCUGAGCGGUUAGCGAAGUCCCAGGCAGGUCCCAGUGAUCCGUUGCCCGAAGAAACCGAGCGAGAGGUGCUGAAGAAGCGGUGUACAGAGCUGUUGGACGAACAGGACCAGUUUCGGGUAUUGAUCCGCGAGCAAGCGACCCAACUCGAGGACUACCGGGCCAAAUAUCUAGACGCGCAGCAGAAAACCGAAGAGCAGCGGCUACAGCUGGACAAACUGCGCCACACCAACAAGCGGGUCGAGGCCCAGAUCAACCACGAGGUCGAGCUGAUCAAGCGCAAGUUCCAGGACAAGCUGCGCGAGCUUACGCCAUAUCCUCGAUUGCUCGAAGAGGCAGAGGCAAAAUCGGAACAGUUGAAGGAAUCCAACCAAACACUUUACUCCGAGCUGGAGCGUGCCCUUAAGCAGGCCAAAACACUCGAAGACCGACUUGCCAGUGUACACGCCGCAAAGGACGCCGAACUUCAGCAAGCCCUUCAGCACUCGCAGCUAGAGCUAGAGCAGCUUCGGGAGCAACUAAAGCAGCUUGUCACCGAAAAGCAGCAAUCAGACGAAUCCGCUCUGCAGGCACGGCAGGAGUUGGACGAUUUCCGAACGGAAAGCGCCCGGAUUAUCGCUCGAACCAACGACCGAAUGGAGCAGGAACGCAGGACGGCCCAACAAAGGUACGCCAAGCUGGAGACGGAACUGGCGCGCUGCCGGGCGGAGGCAUCGUUCACCAUUUCGAACCGCGAAGAAGCUCUGCGCGAGAUGCACAACCAAAUCCGGGUGCUCUCCGGCAGUUUCGACGAUGCGCAGCUUCAAAUUCGCUCCCUACGAAAUCAGCUGUCCUACCUUCAGAACGAGAAGCUGGUCUGUUUGCAAUGA